CCCGGCCUCGCCCUGUGAUUGGCUCAGAGGGAUGCGGAGGAUGGCGCAGGGAUGCUGAAUUGUCUGGGCAGGUCCAGGCUCUCCUGACUCACACACUCCCAGGAAGAGGAAGAGGAGGGCAAGUGCUACUUUCUCUGCAAUCCUGUGGUUACAGCCCCUCAGAAGCCCUGAAGGUCCCCCUCCAGUGUCACCAACAUGGAGUUCUGAAGUCCAUGUGGCGUGUCUCAGUGAACCAAGUCCUCAGGAAAAUGCAGAGACGCCAUAGCAGCAACACGGAUAGCAUUCCACCCGAAAGAAACCGCAGCCAGGCACUCAGCUCGGAGGCCAGUGUGGAUGCAGGCGGUGUCUUUGAGAGUCUGAAGGCAGAAGCGACCUCCUCGCCCACCCUCUUCUCGGGGUUAUCGGGGCUCCCCAGUGGCAGCUUGCCCACUCCACCCUUCCCGUCCAGCCUGGUGCUGGGCUCUGCGGCUGGUGGUGGGGACGUGUUCAUCCAGAUGCCUGCUUCCAGGGAGGAUGGCGGGGGCCGGGCCGAGGCUCCAGGGGCCUACCACCAUCGCCAGUCCCACCACCACUUCCACCAUGGGGCACACCGGGGGAAUUCCCUGCUGCAGCAUGUGGGUGGAGACCACCGGGCACACCUUGAUGAGGGGGGUGACGAGCAGCCAGGGACCCCCGCACCUGCCCUGUCUGAGCUGAAGGCGGUGGUCUGCUGGCUCCAGAAAGGGCUGCCCUUCAUCCUCAUCCUACUGGCCAAGCUCUGCUUUCAACAUAAGCUCGGCAUCGCCGUGUGCAUUGGGAUGGCCAGUACCUUCGCCUACGCCAACUCCACGCUCCGGGAACAGGUGUCAUUGAAGGAGAAGAGGUCGGUGCUGGUGACCCUGUGGAUCUUGGUCUUUCUGGUGGGGAACACGCUGUAUGUGCUUUAUACCUUCAGUUCCCAGCGACUGUACUACAGCCUCAUAUUCCUAAAGCCCAACGUGGACCCCCUGGACUUCUUUGACUUGCUGUGGAUCGUGGGCAUCGCUGACUUUGUGCUGAAGUACAUUACCAUCGCCCUCAAAUGCCUCAUCGUGGCCCUGCCCAGGAUCAUCUUGGCUGUCAAGUCCAAGGGCAAGUUCUAUCUGGUCAUCGAGGAGUUGAGCCAGCUGUUCCGCUCGCUGGUCCCCAUCCAGCUGUGGUACAAGUACAUCAUGGGGGAUGAGUCGGCCAAUAGCUACUUCCUGGGCGGAGUGCUCAUCGUGCUGUACAGCCUAUGCAAGUCAUUUGACAUCUGUGGUCGCGUGGGUGGAGUGAGGAAAGCCCUGAAGCUUCUCUGCACCUCUCAGAACUAUGGGGUUCGUGCCACUGGACAACAGUGCACAGAAGCCGGCGACAUCUGUGCCAUCUGCCAGGCUGAGUUCAGGGAGCCUCUGAUCCUGAUGUGCCAGCACGUGUUCUGCGAGGAGUGUGUGUGCCUCUGGCUGGACCGGGAGCGCACCUGCCCGCUCUGUCGCUCCGUUGCUGUGGACUCGCUGCGAUGCUGGAAGGAUGGAGCCACGUCCGCACAUUUCCAAGUGUACUAGACAACACCCCAACUUGUGACUGCCUCCGGCCUCGCCUUCUGCCCCCCUACUCCCACUACAGCCUCUGCUCAGCUCAGUCCCUGCCCCUCUCUCCUUUCCAGAGCACAGUGAACCCUCUUCCCUCCUUCCCUCUCCUCGCCCAGACUCAAACUCAGCUGGUCACCCACCCACUUCCAUCAAGGCCUCCAUGUUGGUGGCCUUUCCUUCACUCAUGCUGGCCUGAUUCCUGAGGGUACAGCGCCCCCUCCCAAAUCAGCUUCAUCAAAGAGGCAGAGCUUCCAAGGCUGUGGGGGGUCCCCUCACUCCCCACUGCAAUAAGGUAAGCAGCCCCCCUUCUUCGUGGUCAGCUCCUGGGCCGUAGACAGCGCCACCAUCCUCCCUAGAUGUCUGCUAGGAGGAGAGCUCGCCUCAUUCAGACCACUGCCAGGAUUUCGGGGCACAAGUGAGGCCCAGCCACGUGGCUUUUCUCAAGCUCGCAGGUGUGUUUGAUGUGAGCUGCACUGAAAAAGCACAUUGGGGAGUCCUGGAUUUUGGACUCUGCUGCUGGGCCUGUGGACAGACACACCCCCUUUGUAAUACCCCUUCCUGGGUUCUUCAGGCGUGCCUAGGACCCACUGGGCAGCGAAAAGUUGGCAUCAUGUUCAACCCGACUAUCUCCUAGGCUCCCCAUGCCCAGCUUUCAUUCUCUUCUCCUCCCUUGCGUCUUCUGUCCCUUACCUAAGUCUCAGGCUUGUCAACAGCUCCCGUGGACACUGCCUCCUCCCCACCUGCAAACCCCCUCCCCCCGAGGGAACCAUCAGAGCAAGAGGGACCAUCUCAUCUGGAUUUUUCCACCUGCCACGGUGGCAGCUUGGAUGGAGACAAAGGUUUUUUUUAUUUUUAUUUUUUUUAAUCUCCAAUAGCGACACAAGCAGCUUCUCCAACCAGGACACUCUACUUUGAAACUGGGGAGACAGCCCAAGUGGUUACACAAAGCCCCCUGAGUCUUUCUGGCCCCUGCCUCCCCAUCUUUUAUCCUCUAUCAGUCCUAGGUAGGCAGUUCCCACUCUGUUCCCCCCGCUAGAUUCAGGGCAUAAUUUCUGGGAGCCUCCAAGCCAGGCCUUUCCCCUCACACCCGUCCCACACAUCCUAGCCUCAUUCCCUAGUACCCAGCCGGGAAAUAGGUCCCUGGCAGUCCUAGGGCAGCUUGCAAGCCCUGUUGCUAUGGAGACGGCCAAGAUGCUCUAAUCUCACCUACCUGGAGAUUCAAGUCCAAAGGGGAAGAGGAAGAAACUGCUCUGUUUUCCUCCUCCCUUGAGGAAGCACUCAAGGGAGAUGUGGCAGAAGUUUCUGCAGCUGGUUUUGAUCAGAGGUUUGCCUGGGCCGGCCCGUGGGUGCCCAGCCUGGGAAUCAGAGAAUCCAUUGCUGGAAGAGCCUGCUAGUACCUGAUUCUUGGUUCUGCUAAAUGAAAGAUGGAUGGAAUGGACCAGGCCUGGGGAUUCGCAUUUCCAGCACUUCCUAAGUUUGAGGCAUCACUGUACCUCCCUGUUACUGUCUCUAGGCUCACAGACCCAAAAUAUUCACCACUGGAGAUGGGUGAAUCACACUGGAACUCACCUUCAGAGAACAAAAGUGGGUUUUGUCCGUAGCACUCGGGCUAGCCCUUGAUACAAGGACAGAUCUUGAACAUUCUAUAUGUCAAGGGCCAUGACUAUGAGGAAAGAAAGGAUGUCACACUUCGAAAGACCUGGAGAGGCAGGGCUGGUCAUAUGAUUUUAUUUAUUUUAUUUUAUUUUGGGUUUUUGGGCCACAUCCGGUGAUGCUCAGGGAUUACUCCUGGCUAUGCCUUCAGAAAUAGCUCCUGGUUUGGGGGACCAUAUGGGAUGCCAGGGAUCGAACAGAGUUUGUCCUGGGUCAGCUGUGUGCAAGGUAAAUGCCCUACUGCUGUGCAAUCGCUCCAGCCCUGAUUUUAUUUAUUUUUAUUCAUAUCCUGUUCUCUGGAAGAAAGCCCUACCUGGAAGUCUUCUUGGGAGGAGCAGUGGUUAGUGCAGGACUUCCAAAGGCCCUUCUGUAGGGCUGUCUUCAUUCUUAGGGAGCAAAGAACACCCUACUCUGUUCUAGCUCAUUCUUCCAGCUACCAAGAUGAAGAAUCCUUGGGGCUAGAGCCACACAACAGGAAGGACAUUUUGCCUUGUGUGCAGCCAACCGAAGUCCGAUUCCCAUAGAGUCUUCUGAGCCCAUCAGGAGUGAUCCCCGAGCACUGCCAGGCGUGGCCCCCAAAACCAACAAACAAAAAAGUUGAAGGACUCUCGUGUCUGUGACUCACUUCUUGAGUCCCACAAAUCCCUUGGACAAGGUCUUGAGAAGAAUUUAUCUGAGUAGGGAAAAGGAUGGCUGAGAGGACACCACCGCUGGUUGGCACGAUGGCUACUAAGAUUCAGGGCUGGAUGGAGAAAAGGUCAUGUCAAGCCCAGGAUGUUGUGAGGACUCAGCUGUCAAUAAAUGUCCCCUGUCAAUGGGGAUGUUUCUAUGAGCCACCAGACAGAAGCUUCUAUAGCACAAACGUGGAGAAGUGCUAUAAGUACUGAGGGGAAGAGGGCAGUUGAUGCCUGCCUUGCCUGUGUGGGUUCUGCCCAAAGGCUGGCAGGAGGAACCUGGCAGGGACAGUUCGGCAGAGGGCAGCUGUGGGGACUCUCAGGCACAGCUCACCCCAGGGUUUGUCCCACCUUAUGAUUCUGUCUCAUCAGCCCCUGGCUGUGGGUCAUGGGGCUUCUCCACCAUGAACCCCCAAAUCUCUGACUUGCCCAGUGCCAGCAGGGUUACAAAGGGCAGGAUGGAACCUAGAACAAGAAGGGUGUGGAGAGAAGUGAGUGAGAUGGCUGGUUAAUUGUAGUUUGUCUCCACCCAGAAUAUUGGGGCUGAUUCUAGAAAAUUUAGCAUGGUCAAAGAUUAGGAUGAUGGAUGAUUUACAUGUCAUAGGUGAUACACAUGUAAUAGAUGAUUUACAUGUGAAUGGCCAUGCAGGAGCAAUGUAUCUUAGAGUAGAUCAUGUGCUUUGCAUACAUGAGGCCCUUGGUUCAAACCCUACACUAUGUGCUCCCUUGAGCAUGGACAGGUGUGGGUCUCAUGGGAAAACCUUGAGUUGUUUGUUGGGGCUCAAGCAAUAGUACAGCAGGAAAGGCACCUGCUUUGCACACAGCUGACUCGGGUUCAAUCCCUGCUAUCACAUAUUUGUUCACAGAGCACCACCAGGAGUGAUUCCUGAGUGUAGAGCUUGGAGUAGCACUGAGCUACUGGUGUGUGACUCUAAAAACCUAGAUCAGAGCAUAGGAUAAUGGGAGAGCACUUGCCUUGCAUGCAAUUGACCCAGAUUCAAUCCCCAACAUCCCAUAUGGUUCCCUGCGCACUACCAGAAAGAAUUCCUGAGUACAGAGCCAGAAGUAACCCUUAGGCAUUAUUGAGUGUGACCCAAAUAUCAAAAGAAAAAGAAACUUGAGUUAUUGGUAGUGUUGGGUAUUUUUUGAGGGGUAGGUCACACAUUGUUACAGUUGGUACUCAGGUCAGGGGGAGACUAUGCACUGGGGGGUUAGGGCCACACAAGGCUGUGCUUAGGUGUUACUCCUGGCUUUGCACUCAGAAAUUACUCCCAGAAGGCUUGGGGGAUCAUAUGGGAUGCCAGGGAUCAAAUCCGGGUCCUUCCUGGGUCAGCAGUGUACAAGGUAAACACCCUACUGCUGUGCUAUCAUUCCAGCCCAAGACCCAGAACUUUUGGGUCUUUUCCCUCUUGUUGCCCAGUCCCUGGGGUGGAAGUAAGGAUGUUUUCAGGGAGAUAACAGAGAAGGGAGGUUAGUACCCUGCUUUCGGCUUUGGGCACAGUUGUGGGGUACAGCCAGGCCCCUCCCCCACAUCUUUGGGGUGCAGCCUUUCUGAAGGGAAGAAAAACACAGAGGCCUUUGUCUGGAAGUGCACAGCCGUUUUUUAAUAAAGUCAUUACAAAUAUGUACAAA